CUCUUAUUGACAGUAUCAGAUACCAUCCACGUCAAAAGAAUUGUGUUUGCUUGCUGCUAGUUUGCACAAAAGUUAUAAAGUGAGUUAAGUAUUUGUCGCAGUUUGUUUCGUUGUAAAUUAUAACAAUUUUAAUACUUGCUGAAUGGAUUCGUUAAUGGAACCUACAUUAUACACUAUCAAAGGAAUGUGCAUUCUAGACAACGAUGGAAACCGGAUAUUAGCAAAAUAUUAUGAUAAAAAUGUUUUUCCUACUGUUAAAGAACAGAAAGCAUACGAAAAAAAUCUGUUCAAUAAAACUCAUAGAGCAAAUGCAGAAAUUAUCAUGCUUGAUGGCCUUACGUGUGUCUACAAAAGUAAUGUUGACUUGUUCUUUUAUGUUAUGGGUAGUACACAUGAGAAUGAGCUAAUAUUGCUGUCCGUGCUCAACUGCCUUUUCGACACGGUCACAAUGAUUUUGAAGAAGAAUGUCGAGAAAAGAGCGGUGUUGGAAAACCUGGAUAUUGUAAUGCUGGCUUUUGACGAAAUUUGUGAUGGAGGAAUUAUUCUUGAUGCUGAUCCCUCCUCUGUGGUGAAGCGAGUGGAUUUACGAAAUGAUGACAUUCCAAUUGGAGAGCAGACUGUGGCACAGGUAUUCCAAUCCGCUCGAGAACAAUUGAAGUGGACACUGCUUAAAUAACUGGUUUAUAGUAUUGAGAGUUAUGUAUGCACCGUAGUGGCAUCUUAGGAACAUAAUUGUGUCACCGAUCGCAGAACAAUCUUAUUUUUGGGUUAAACGAUACGUUUUUCUAUUCAUAGCUUAACGAGGAAUAUAUAAUAUCAUUGGAAAAUGUUUAUAACAUACACGAUACGCGCAUUUAAAUUUCUUUUAACGCAUAAAUCAUAA